AUGUCGACGACACAGGAUAUAGGUUUCGAAGAGAAACAGGUGUAUGAUGCUACAGUGCAAGACGUCCCCAGCGAUGGCGCUUCCUCCAUCGACACCAUCACUGCUCUGGUGAAUGAAGGUGUGUAUCCAUUCACCUCCAACCCCCUCCCUCCUCAACCCACAAACCCCAAAACUGACAUGUCUCUCCCACAGNACCACACCCACGAAAUCAAACUACGCACCAUGUCAUGGCAANAAGCCGCCUGGCUACUCUGCGGCGACCAAGUCUGUCUCGCUAUCAUGGCCCAAUCCUGGUCUCUGUCUGUUCUCGGCUGGGUCCCUGGAAUAAUCACCAUGCUGGUUUCUGGCGCUUUGUUCUGGAUCACAUCGCUCACGAUGCAUAAAUUCAUCAUGAAGAAUCCGUCGAUACGGGAUAUUUGCGACUUUGGAUAUUUUGCGUUUGGGAAGAGUAGGCUUGCGUAUGAGUUUACUGGGUUUAUGCUUGAUCACAGUAUGUGUACUGUUAUCUUCUCGGUUAUUGUGACUAUCAUGGGUGUCAUCAUGUCGGUGCCGCGCACACUCAAACAUGUCUCGUUCAUGAGCAUGUUCAGUGCUGCUUGCAUGGGCAUUGCCAUCUUGCUCUUCCUGGUCUUUGCUGGUAUCGAGGAUGCUCCUGGAUAUGGAUACAACGGCACGUACCCUAAGGCUGGCCCCGUCAAGACAUACGCCUUCCCUCCCGCUGGAACAACAUGGGUUGCUGCAAUGAACGCCGUUCUCAAUAUCACAUUUUUGUGGGUGCCGCAGAUCCUGUUCCCUAGUUUCAUCGCCGAGAUGGAGAGGCCUCAGGACUUCCCUAAGGCGUUGGCUGUUCUGGCAGGUGUUUCCGGAUUUUUGUUCAUUAUUCCUCCGGCCAUAGGCUUCAGAUACCUCGGACAGUACGCCACGGCUCCCGCGUUCGGCAGUCUUGGUGUCGUGGCAUACAAGAAGGCUUCGUUUGCCUUUGUCAUUGUGCCUACUCUGGUUAUUGGUGUGAUCUAUGCGAACGUGUCCGCAAAGUUCGUAUAUCACCGCAUCAUGGGCAAGUCUCGUCACGCCCACUCCAACACCGUCGUCGGCUGGGGAGUCUGGGUAGCCGUCAUGGCAGGUAUCUGGCUCAUCGCCUUCAUCUUCUCCGAGAUUGUUCCCAGCAUGGGUGACUUUUUGUCACUCCUUGGCGCCGCCUUCGACUCCUUCUUCGGAUUUAUAUUCUUCGCAGUGGCAUACUGGCAGAUGUACAGUGGAAAGCUGUUCAGUAACGCCUCGAGAAGCGUCAUGACUGUUGUCCAUGUUUUUGUCAUGAUUUGCGGUUUGUUCUUGUUGGGACCUGGGUUGUACGCUGCUGUGGAGGCCAUCAUUUCUGAUUACUCGGGUGGCACCCGUCCUGCCUUUUCUUGCAAGAACUUGUCGAUCUGA